AUGAUAGUGCCGAGUCAUGUUGACAAAGAUCCCUGUUCAGAGAUUCCAGACACUUGGCAAUUGAUUUCUGUACAACCUCAUGGCGAGAGCUUCUGGGCGACGACUGGUCACAUCAUCGUAGAGGCAGACGGGUCUGAAAAGUCCUUCUUUGUCAAGCUUCUUUCUUCCGACAUCGGCAGACGCAUGGUCGAGAGUGAGUACGAAUCUGCAAAGGCGAUUAGCACCGUCUGUCCAACCUUUGUUCCCGCCGCUAUUGGUUUCGGAUCACUUCGUGGGACGCCAGACGUACACUUCUUCAUUGCCACUUUCUUUGAGAUGGGAGACCAAAUGCCCGCGAUCGAACUGUUCGCAAAAAGGCUCGCACUUCUUCACCAGAGCGAUUCACCAAACGGGAAAUUUAGCUUCCAUCUCGAAACAUACAACGGCAACCUCUCACAAGCAACACAGUGGGAGGACUCGUGGGAAAUCUUCUUUGCCAAGAGCUUGCGGCGGGCACUGGACCACGAGAUUGCAGCCAAAGGGCAUGAUGACGAGUUUGCAACUCUGAUUCCGCAAAUCUUCGACGUCGUUAUUCCCCGUCUGCUGCGGCCGCUAGAGUCUGAGGGACGUCGAGUGCGGCCAGUGUUGGUGCACGGAGACUUGUGGUAUGCCAAUUCCGGCGUCGAUGCCAAUGGACAACCAGUUGUCUUUGAUGCUUGCUGUUUCUAUGCACACAAUGAAUGUAGGCUGUGCGAGACCCCAUGUCAUACCUCAGUUCUAACAGAGUUGUCUGGCAGACGAGAUUGGCCAGUGGAUGCCGGCCUGCAACAAAUUUGGGCAGGACUAUCUCGACUCCUAUCACUCAAUGAUUCCAAAAUCGACCCCGGAAGAGGACUACGAAGGUCGUUUGGAGCUCUACAACAGACGUUUCAACACACACGUUUCAGCCCUGUUUGUAAACGACGUUGGCCUUCGAUCACAGUAGGUUUUGUCCCAAAGAACAAAGAGCUACUCUUCAAUACUGACAGGGUGCAGAAUGCUGGGAGAUAUGCGGAGCUUGGUUUCCAAGCAUGGCUCCAGAGCCUGAGGGCAAGCGACGUCAUAGCGAAGCUGUGCAACAGGCGCUUUGUCCACUGUAGAUUGCCGAGAUAG